GACGUAUUCCAAUGGCAAACACUUGUUCCUGUGUGUUGAUUCUAUGUGAAAAUUUUGAAUUGUCUGAGGGUGAUAAAAAAGCUUUUGAAGAAAGAAUGAAUCCAUCAACACCUCAAAAUCAAAACCAUCAACCUUUAUGUACAAGCAAUAAUGAUAAUUUACAAUCCAAUUUUUCUCAUCAACAACAACUACCUAAUACAUUUGACAAUUCACAAUCAUUGGCUAAUUCUAAUUUAUGUUUUCAACAAUCAUGCAAUAUCUUUGAUAAUCCACAAUAUAAUGUGUCUCAUCAACAAUUUUUUCCAAAUGUUAAUUUAAAUUUUUCACAACAACCAUCCAACAACUUUGUUGAACCACAGUUUAAUGUUACUCAACCUUUAGAUUACAACUCAUUCUCUAGGCUCCAAAAUUACAAUACUUACAGUUAUAAUCCUUUAAACCUAACUAAUAACCGAUCUUCAACAACCACAGCAGCAGCAUUAUCAUCUGAAUUUGAUG